AGCAACCCUGAUGCUGCCCCUGUCACAGUGCGCAAAUGCGCAUCCAACAGCAGCACGGACCUCCGGUGGACAGCGACAAAACAAACACCAGCAGGCUGGGCAACGACACGUUAGGGCGGAAGAGAAAACAGCGCUUCAGGGGAAAGACACAUCCGAAGGGGAACGUCUGUGACACGGCAGAGACCAUGGUGGGCGAACGCCGCAAUGGGAACCUGCUGGUCCAGCUGGGCCCGAGACUGCAGGCGUAUCCAGAGGAGCUGAUCCGCCAGCGCCGCAACCACGAGGGCCAGACAGAGUACCUGAUCCGCUGGUGCCUCGUCACCAUCGACGACGGCUCUAGCUCUGGAGGAGGAGCCAGUGAGGCGGGCGGAACGGGUGGCGGCAGCUCCGGGGUGGACGGCUCCGGUGGCUCCACAUCAGGAGAGAGCAAACCGGAGAACAUCCUGAUGUGGAUGUCAACGGAGGACGUGUACGCCAACUGCCCCACCCUACUGGGGAAGAGGAAGACGGACUCACAGCGGCCUCUGCAGCAGGAGGCACAGCGGGGCGAGUCAUCAGAUGGAGGUCAGAGGAGCGGCGCUGAGUUUCCGGCAGACGUCACAUUCGACGAGGUGGAGCUGUCAGACAUGAAGGAGGAUGUGAAGAACCUGGUACGGCGAGCCAGGAAGCAGAUGGCCAAGAAGAGUGACUUCUCCAUCAGCAUCACGCACACCAUCCACGUGCUGAGCGCCUACGCCAGCAUCGGCUCACUGGUCGGCGUCUUCAAGGAGACGGGCGCCCUCAACCUGCUGAUGGAGCUGCUGUGUAACAAGGAGACGCAGACGAGACGCAGCGCCGGGAAGAUGCUGCGAGCGCUCGCCUCACAUGAUGCAGGAAGUCGUGCGUAUGUCCUGCUGUCCCUCAGUCAGCAGGACGGCAUCGAGCAGCACAUGGACUUUGAUAACCGCUACACUCUGCUGGAGCUGUUUGCUGAGACCACGUCGUCAGAGGAGCACGGCAUCUCCUUCGAGGGGAUUCACCUGCCGCAGAUUCCUGGGAAGCUGCUCUUCUCUCUGGUGAAGCGUUACCUGUGUGUGACGUCACUGAUGGACAAACUUAACACGGCGGGGGCGGAGUCUAACUCUGACAGACAGGACGCCAGCCCCUCCCCCGCCUCCUCCUCCAGCGCCGCCCACCAGGCAGAGCACCUCCGCGUUCAGCGAGAGUUCGACUUCACCAUGGCCAUGGCCAACCUCAUCUCGGAGCUGGUCCGCGUGAUGGGCUGGGACCGCAACCGCCAGCCUCCCGACGGCUCCGCCCACCAUCCUGGUGGGGGCGGGGCUUGUGGGGAGGAGCUGGGGGAGGAGGCAUCCCGCCCCGUCCUCAGAUCCAUCUUCCAGCCCCGUUUCUGCGCCUCCCCUGUCGUCCUCACCGCCACCUCUGCUGUAGCCGCUCCCGCCGCCGCCACGCCGCCAAAAAAGAAGACAGGAAACGGAUAUAAAACGCGCUCUGACUUCGCCAGCCGCUCGGCCUAUGUGGAGUACGUCCAGGACAACCUGAAGAGCGGCAUGAUGGUCCGCAUGCUGGAGGACUACGAGGAGGUGAGCUCCGGAGACGAGGGAGAGUUCCGCUACAGCAACGACGGCUCGCCACCUGUUCAGGUGUACUGGAACUCCCUGUCCAGGACGUACUGGGUCCACUGGCACAUGGUGGAGAUCCUGGGCAGCGGCAGCAGCAGUCAGGCUGAGAAGGAGACGCAGGAGAAGGCCUCCACCCUGACGGAGACUCUCAAACUCACCGCGGUGAGUCAGACGUUCUUCUCCAAGCCGCCCGGAGGGCUGUACUCUCUGCCCUACCUGUCGGAGGGUCUGCAGAGGGAGCCGCUGGCCCUGAGCCGGGCCGAGUGGUGGGAGAUCCUCUUCUUCAUCAAGAAGCUGGAGCUCAAGCAGCAACAGGAAGUCAACAGCAUCCUGCUGCAGAGCCUGGAUGACCAGGAGACGGAGUUGGACGACUUGUCUCUGAUCGGUCUGUCUGUCCCCGGAGAUGUGGCGAAGAAGCUGCUUCACUACCUGAAGCAGAAGCUGCCGUCGUCGUGUCUCAGUGACCUGCUGUGUUCACACACCUUCUGCAAACACUACCUGAGGAGAGGAGGAGGAAGUCUGGAGGAUGAAGAGCUGCUGGCUGAAGGCUCUCUGGGUUCGUCCAACUUGGCAGGAGGAGGGGGGGGAGGAGGAGGAGGAGGGGGAGGAGGAGGAGGGGGACCAAACUCCUCCUCUUCAUCGUCAGCCUUGGCCUCCUCUUCCUCAGCGUUGGGCUCUGUCUCUAAGAAGGCAAAGAAGGAACUUCCUCCUGACUCAGGCUGUGGCAGCCCGGAGACGGAGAACGAGCUGCCGUCAGAGGACGACAGCAAAUACCCCGAAGACCUGGAGGACAAGAUGAAAGUGUUCAACAACCCGCGGGUCCAGGGGAAGAAGACGGUGCUGGAGAAGCUGGGGGAGGUGGUGGACAUCCUGAAGAAGGGCGGGGCGUCCUCAGACCACGCCCAGCAGCUGGCCGCCGUCCUCUUCAUCACCAGGCUGCUGGAGGAGAAGGGAGCACAGGAGAAGAACUCCAUGAGGAGCGACUCGGCUCAGACCAUACGGGACAAGGUGCUGAAGCUGCUGGUGGAGCUGCUGGGCUCGUCCUCCAAAGACCUGGUGGUCAGCACGCUCAGACUCACCCACCUCCUAAUGCUCAAAUACGAGUGGAGGGUUUCCUUUGCCACCGAGGGCGGAGUCAAAGCUGUCCUGUCCUGCAUGCAAGAGUUCUCCGCCAUCACUCACGUCCAGCAGCUGGCGCUCGCAACUCUGAAGGUCAUCACCGGAGCCAGUAAACACGACCUGCGCAGUGUCGGCAGCAGCCUCCCGCUGUCUGAGUCUGGCACUCAGAUGAUGUUGGAGAUCUUCGCCAGCAUUGGCUCGGCCACGCCCGAAGGCUCCAAGGGCCUGUUGGGAGCUAUCCCUGCUGCUGUUGACCUCAUGCUGCAGACUAAAGGCUGCAUGCUGUCGGUGAGAAACGGCCUGCUGGUCAUCAUCAUGCUCAUCUCCAACCACAAGAGCCUGGCGGAGCAGCUGGUGGCCGCCGACGUCACCGCCGUCCUCAAGAAGUGUCUGACUCUGUCCAGAGCUGAGACCAUGCUCGCCAUCAUCGCCCUCAACCACAUCUCCAUGGUGCACAAGCUGGAGAGCAAAGAGAGUCGUGAGCAGCUGGACCUGAAGGACACGGAGCUGCAGAUGUUGGUGGUGAGUCUGAAGGAGCUGACGGCCACUAAGGAGGUGAUCCAGACUCUGGAGCAGCUGCUGUGUGACGACACCUCUCAGCUGGAGGACCAGCGCAGUCAGGUGACCCACAGUCGAGACACGUAUCAAGACCUGGUUCGUUUGAUGGAGCAGCAUCGAGCAGACCGGGCCGUCCAGCUCUCCAUCCUCAGGAUCCUGAACAAGUUCCUGGAUAACUACCAGGAGGACAUGCUGCCAUGGCAUGAGAGCAUCGAGCCCUGCCUGUCCUCCAUGACGGCCUUCAUCAAUGACAGAGAGGUGGUCCAGCUGUUCAUCCGCUUCCUGUACCGCCUGGCGUCCCUGAACAAAGACUACGCGGUGGUGAUGUGUCGCCUGGGGACCAAAGAGGCUCUGGUGAAAGCUCUGGACAAACACAGCACCAACCUGCUGCUGGUCACCGAGCUGCGUGACCUCAUCACUGACUGUGAGAAGUACGCCAGCCUCUACAAGAAGAUGACCACAAGUGUCCUCGCAGGAUGUAUCCAGAUGGUGUUGGGUCAGAUUGAGGAGCAUCGUCGUAGCCAUCAGCCAAUCAACAUCCCCUUCUUUGACGUGUUCCUCAGGAAUCUCUGCCAAGGCUCCAGUGUGGAGCUGAAGGAGGACAAAUGCUGGGAGAAGGUGGAGGUCUCCUCCAAUCACCAUCGAGCGAACAAGCUGACCGACAAGAACCCCAAAACCUACUGGGAGUCCAACGGCUGCACUGGCUCACACUUCAUCAACAUCUACAUGCACAAAGGAGUCAUCAUCAGACAACUGGCCAUCCAGGUGGCCAGCGAGGACUCGAGCUACAUGCCGGCCCGAGUCUUGGUCCUGGGAGGAGACGACCCGACCAACAUCAACACUGAACUGAAUACGGUCAAUGUGACUCCGUCAGCCAGUCGGGUGGUUCUGCUGGAGAACAUGACCAGGUUCUGGUCCAUCAUCCAGAUCAGGGUCAAGAGAUGUCAGCAGGGAGGUAUCGACACUCGGGUCCAUGGUUUCGAGGUUCUGGGUCCGAAGCCAACGUUUUGGCCGGUGUUUAAGGAGCAACUGUGUUGUCGGACCUACCUGUUCUACAGCACCAAGGCUCACACCUGGUGUCAGGAGGUUAUGGAGGACAAGACACAGCUGCUGCAGCUCUUCAACAAACUUAACAGUGCUCUGAGACACGAGCAGAUGUUCGCAGAUCGUUUCCUGCCGGACGCUGAGGCGGCCGAAGCUCUGGGUCGAACCUGCUGGGAAGCUCUGAUCACCCCCAUUGUCCACAGCAUCACACUGUCAGAAUCCUCUGCAUCCAGCCCUCUGGCCUGGCUGCUCAGUGAGUACCUGGACAACGCUGAGUCAGCACGCCGCUGUAAAAGCCGGGCGGCCAUCUUUAACUCCAGAGUGAGACGCCUCACACACCUGCUGGUCCACGUGGACACCAGCCGACUGGACGGCGAGGAACUCAAACCGCCCGUCAAAUCAAAAGGUCUCAACCGAAGCAAAGAGCUGAAGAACGGGAAGGAGGGUAAAAACAAAGACACCGCUGCCGCCUCUUCGUCGUCAUCCUCCUCCUCAGCCAAGCCUAAAGUGAAGAGCAGCAGCAGCAUUGCAGGCAUCGCCCUCUGUUGGCAGGGAGUGGUACAGCGACAGGUGAAGAAGUUUUUGGAGUCAAGCUGCAGUCUGCCGGACUUUGUGGAGCGUUACCGGACUCUGUACCUGCGGCUGAAGAACGCCAUGGAGGAGCUGUUCGGACAGCAGACCGCCUUUGUCCUCGCCCUCCGACAGGGCUUCUCUGCUGCCCUGCUGCAGCUCUCCAUCCUCAAGACCAUGCACGUGAGCGAGCGCUUCGCUCAGUACAUCGACCAGAUGAUCCAGACGAGCGGAGCGGCGUCCAGCAGUGUGGAGACUCUGGAGCGGCUGCAGCAGUUUCUGGAGCCGAUGCUCUUCCUAUCAGGCCUGGAGCUUGCCAACACCUUCGAACACUUUUACAGGUACUACCUGGGCGACCGGCUGCUGGCUCAGGGUAACGUGUGGUUGGAGAGCGCUGUCAUCGAUCAGAUCGGCAGCUGCUUCCCGAGUCGCUUCCCUCAGCAGAUGUUGAAGAACCUGAGUGAGUCCGCCGAGCUGCAGCAGGAGUUCCACCUGUACCGCCUGCAGCAGCUGGACCGAUGCCUGCAAGAGCACGACCAGAUGAUGGAGGAGGAGUGGGCGGAGUCAGAGGAGGAGGCGGAGGUUCAGGUUCUGGUUCUGUCUCCACGCUGCUGGCCCGUGUCCUCACUCUGCUUCCUGGACGAACCCACAAAACAUUUUCCAUCUGAACUCUGCUCCUACCUGAACCAGUUCACCCAGUUCUACACCCACAGUCAGUCCAUGUACGGUCUGAGUCACUCGAAACCGCGGCGGCUGCAGUGGACGUGGCUCGGUCACGCUGAGCUGCAGCUCGGCUGUUGGACGCUUCACGUGUCGACGCUGCAGAUGUUCAUCCUGCUGCACUUCAACACGCAGCAGGAGGUUCCAGUGGACGCUCUGCUGCAGGCGACGGGCCUGUCAGCCGCCUUCAUGCUACACGCUCUGCUGCCGCUCAUCAGCGAGGACGGACCGCUGACUUGCAGCCGGCCGGAGGAGCCCAGCCAGGGUGUGUUACAGCUGAACCAGCAGGUGGUGUCCUGCAGUCAGGACGGCGUCCCCAUGUCCCUCCAGCUGCUGCCCAGACAGACGUACCUGAACGUGGACGAGGACGCGGCGGGCACGCUGGAGAGGAAGAGGAACUACAUCUACUGUCUGAUCGUCCACAUCAUGAAGCAGGAGAAAGAGAUGCACAUCGACAACCUCGUCUUCAAGGUUCUGGACUCGUGUCAGAAACAGGAAUCGUCACGCUCUCCAGGCGCCGGGCGGUUCAGCUGCAGCACCAGCGACGUGCUCUCCUGCAUCAUGCACGUCAUCAGCAAAGGCUGCGUCCGACGCAACGAGGACAACCCGCACAUCGUGGAGUUCCUGCCGGAGGACCCGUCCACUCCGCAGAAAGGACAGGCCCAGUUCUCCUUCAGCCGGACCGAGGUCAGGAAGGAUGCGGCGGACUGCAGGGCCGACAUCAGUCUGAUGUCGGCACCGAGGCGGUUCGAGGACGGCGUUCUGGACGCGGUCCUGUUCUCGAUGGGUCGGACGAUGACGCAGGAAGAAGUUCGUCAGCUGAUGCAGAGGACGGUCCAACAGGUCUCAGGGACACUCAGUCUGGACCUGGACCGAGCUGAGCACCUCCUGGUCCACUGUAAGUGGAAUGUGGACCUGCUGGUGCAGCGUUACACCGACGACCCGGACGCCCUCAUCAUGGCCGCCGGGAUCAAGUCCAGAAACCCGCAGCCGCCGCCGAGCCCCGCCUCCACCUGCCCCGUCUGCCUGAGUCCCCGCCCCCCACCCACAGAGCCCGUUGCCUCACUGAGCUGCCAGCACUACUGCUGCAGGUCGUGCUGGCAGGAGUACCUGACGGCGAGGAUUGAACAGAACCUGGUGAUGAACUGUAACUGUCCAAUCACAGACUGCCAGGCACAGCCCACCUCACGCUUCUUCCUCAGCAUCCUAACUGACAAGGACACCAUCGCCAAGUAUGAGAACGCCCUGCUCCGUGGUUACGUGGAGUGCUGCUCUAACCUGACGUGGUGCACCAACCCUCAGGGCUGUGAUCAGAUCCUCUGUAAGGAGAACAUGGGCAGUAUGGGCACCUGCUCCAAGUGCUGCUGGUCCUCCUGCUUCAGCUGUAACUUCCCAGAGGCCCAUUACCCAGCCAGCUGCAGCCACAUGUCUCAGUGGAUGGAUGAUGGAGGAUAUUAUGAAGGGAUGAACAUGGAGGCUCAGAGCAAACACCUCGCCAAGCUCAUCUCCAAACGCUGCCCGAGCUGCCAGGCUCAGAUCGAGAAGAACGAAGGCUGUCUGCAUAUGACCUGUGCCAAGUGUAACCACGGCUUCUGCUGGCGGUGUCUGAAACCAUGGAAACCGACACACAAAGAUUACUACAACUGCUCCGCCAUGGUGAGUAAAGCAGCGCGACAGGAAAAGAAGUUUCAGGAUUAUAAUGAGCGAUGCACCUUCCACCACCAGGCCAAGGACUUCGCCAUCAACCUGGAGAACAAAGUGUCGUCCAUUAACGAAGCUCUGCAGAUGAAGUCUCUGACCUUCGUCAUCGACGCCUGUAAGGUCCUCGCUCAGGCUCGUAAGGUGCUGGCCUACUCCUGCGUCUACAGCUACUACAACCAGGAGACGGAGAAGAUGGAUGUGAUGGAGCAGCAGACGGAGGCUCUGGACCUGCACACCAAUGCCCUGCAGAUCCUGCUGGAGGAGACUCUGCUGCAGUGCACUGACCUGGCCUCGUGUGUCCGCCUGCUCAAACCAGAACACCUCACCACCGGACUGGAACUGAUCCGACGCAUCCAGGAGCGCCUGCUGGCCAUCCUGCAGCACUCCACCCAGGACUUCAGGGUUGGUUACCAGUCAAAGAGCAGUCAGGAACCAGAAUCCACUCAGAGCUCCAACCUGUCCAACAACACCGACGCCGCCAACAAAGGAUCGAAGUCGGACCGAGCGUCGGACUCCGGAGACUCUGACAACAAUAACUACGCAGGUGAGGAGGGCGGUGAGGAAGCGGAGGACGAGGACGAUGAGUACGAUGAAGAGUAUGUCCCCGAGUGGCACGAGGACUACGACGAGGACGACAUCGACGAAGACGACUUCUUCUCCGACGACGACGAGUCGGAGAACCUGGAGAGGGACUUCAGCCCCUUCGACUGAGCUGGACUGAAACCCAGAGAGUCCAGGGACGAGAGAGAGGGCGAGGCGGGCCCCGCCACGGCCCCGCCCCCUCACCUGAGGACACCAGGAGGGACUGGAGAUGAUCAGAGGGAUGUCCUUCUUCACCUGAACUCCACACCCCCACCCCCGCCCGCCUGUCCCAAACACAGCUGCACUCGCUUUUCCACUUCCUGUAUUUCACCUUCUUUGUUUUCAUCAAGGCAAAGUACGGAAGACGACGAGGGACAAAUUAGUUCUGAGGUUAAUAUUUAAAUUCUGACACAAGAAAAAAGAGAUGACUUCAAAAAGAGAAAAAAAAAAAUCUGAGUUUAGUUUUUAAAUUCUGACGUCAAAGUCACUGCGACUUGUGUUUGUGUUUAAACACACAGUGUGACACUUGGUUAAAACCAAUCUGAACUAGUUUAAUCAUUAGUUUGAACCAGUAUUUUUACUGGGGAUCCAGAGCACUGAUUUUGAUUUCAGAGUUUUUAUUUCUGUGUCAGCUGAGUUAGAAACAUUUGAAGAUCCAGAUUUAGUUUGAGAGACUCUGAUUUUAUGAUUUCCUGAUUUGAAACCUCAGAACUGGAUUGUCCUCGCCAUGUCUCCGCAGCGACCCCGCCGGGCUCUGGAGCUGAUCCUGGAUCAGCUGGACAUGUUUGUUUCCUGCUGCUUGUUUCAGAGGGUGGUGUUAGUCACGUUCUGCCUUGAGUUCUCUCUCUGACAGACGCUGCCUUCAUUUGACAGUAAAGAAACUCUUCACUUUAGAUUUACUCACAUUAAGUUGUAUUUUUUACAUGUUUGUAGAGCUGGAUGUUUCUAUGCAUCUGAAGAGUCUGAGCGGAGCGUCUGUAGGAGUAUCACUGCAAUAACCCAUCGACCGAUCAAUCGAUUGAUUGAUGAUUAUUAUCGGCUCACUGUUGCGUCAUUUGCUGAGCAAAGACUCCGUCGGCUGCUCUGUUUCCUGUCGUUAGGGCGAGAGCGGAGGACAUCUGAUGUCCAGCUCCCCGUUCUGCUGUAAUUUUGAGAGCUCCUAUAUUCAUAUUGUUGUCUCUGGUUCCUUCGUUGGAGUCGAGCGACUUCAGCCAGCAACUUAAUAAAAGCUUUUUCUGCUAUGCUGCA